AUGUCACAGACUAAGAAUACGGCUUCGCAGCCGCUGCAGGCUUCUGCGCCUGCUGCUGCUGCUGCUGCUUCGGAGAGCGCCUCGGGCGUUUCGACAACGCCUCGGCCGAAAGGCUUGCCGUUGUACAAGAUCUACGAGCUGCCUGCUCCCAUACGGACCUUUCCGCUUCCUAGCUUCUACCCGAAUAAUCCAAUUUCUCUUUUCCAUGUCAUAUUCGCAUGGGCGAAACAAUCCUUGUUCCCACCGCCUGCUGAGCCGUCCAUUGUGCACGAGGGUGUCUGGUCCCCAACAUCCAAAUCUAUCAACAUCAUCGACGAGAAGUCCAUGCGCGCGCUGUGGGAACAAGGGUUCUACGGCAAGGGCAACUUAAGUCGUAGUGAGCCUAAUUGGCUGAAGCGCGAGCAUGUCAGGCGCGGACUGGUGCCAGGUCAGGUCAGCGAGUUGGUGACGGCCAGCAGACGUGAAGAGCGGAGGCAGAUGAAGUGGGAGAGAGCCAAAUCCGAACAAGAGGCCAUCAGACAGUUACGCAUACGAGAAGCACAACUAGCCGCCAAUCAGACCGCGGCCGAUGAUACAGUAAAACCGUCAAGCCCGUCUGUCGAGACUGAAGAAUCCCCAGCAAAAACCCAAUCCACCCAUGUUCCUGCACGAGAAGCCUCGACGGACACGGAACCCUUGCCUGAAUCAACAUCUUCUCUGUCUAAAUCCGAUGUUGCGGUCAACGACACCAAGACAGGUGUACCUGAAGUGUCCCGAGACAGCGAAGUGGCUGUCUUCACCGAGCCUGAGGCGCUUGAGCUUUCUCUUGAAGACGAUGCACCUACCGUCGACGAGCCAGCCAUUGAGCUGACCAACGGGACCUCGUCACAAGCUGUAGCUUCGACUAUCACCGCCGCCCAUCCGUCACUUCCGCUAAAGCCAGAAGCACACAUUCACUCUGGCAAGAUCGCGAAGCCCAGCGAUUUCCUACAGUCGAGAGAGGAAGCAUCGGGGGUUGUUGUCGAUUCAAAGACCGUCGUCAAGUCAGAAGAUGCACUGCCCACGCCUUUAUCGUUAAGCUUGGCCCCUGUUGGGCCGACCGAACUUCUUUCUCUUCCCAACUCCCACGGCUUCGUCGCAGCAACGACCGAGCAGAUUGCUGAAGCGUCUAUGAAUGGCGACUCUCAAAAGGUCGUUGUCCAGCACCUUGAGCCGGCGGAUUCCGACCCCGAGAGCACGAACGAUACAUCUCAACACUCUCUCACCAACGGUCAUUCUGUGCCGGUUGUCGCCACCAUAUUCCCCGUGGGGCCGUUGGAACUUCUCUCGUUACCCAACACCAACACGCCUCUUGUCAACGGGACAUCUAUUGACGAUGCCAACGAUGUUGACAGUGGCUCGACUGCAAACUUCCCGACGGUGGUGGAGAAGCUCUCGACGAUCCACGAGAACGCUGCCUUUGCCGACUCUGAAAACAAAAGCCGGACAGUGACGGGACACCUGAUCAAUGAUCUGGUCAACGGUGUGAACGGCGAGAGGGCCGCCCAUCUGAAUGGGUUGAAUGGCGUGGCCAAGUCAGCAGUUGCCUCGGCGGACAUCCCAUCGACGCCCAAGUCUACCAAGCGCCGUAAGAGCGUUCGCUUCUCGCCCAAGGUCGAGUCGGCUACUUAUGAGCUGUCCGAUCCUCCCAGUCCCAGUCUGGCUCUGUUCAACGUAACCAACGGAAAGGGCAUGGUGCCUGCCAACGGUACUGCGCUCGGGCCCAGUGUCCUUGAGGCAGAGUCCAAGGACAUAACCAAGUCCGACGACAGCAAAUCUCUUGAGACGUUGACCGAAGUCGAGGCGGAGUCAACCGAGACUAUCGAGAUCGUGAACAAGGAGCACCUUCAACUCACAUCGGAGGAAGCAUUUUUCCUCGCUUUUGGAAUGGGCGCCCUUCGGGUUGUCGACCAUGUGACCAAGGCCCCGAUUCCCACUGUUGAGCUCUUCAACUUGUUCCGAUCGUAUUCUUACUUCCCCUCCCGAAAGGUGGAAGAGCUUCAGCCCGACGACGGUUUCUUGGUCAACUACGCUGUCUACCACCACUUCCGCUCGCUCGGCUGGGUUCCCCGGGCAGGCAUCAAAUUCGGCGUGGACUGGAUGCUCUACGCCAGAGGCCCCGUGUUCGACCAUGCCGAGUUCGGCGCCAUCAUUCUGCCGUCCUACUCGGACCAAUGGUGGAAGGACAGCGACCGCCAGCUGCCGCGCAAGACGUGGCACUGGCUCCACGGCGUCGUGCGUGUGCUGUCUCACGUCCAGAAGAGUCUGGUCCUGGUCUACGUCGACGUCCCGGCGCCGCCCCAGUUCGACGAGGCGAUGAAGAAGGGCCCGACGGAGGUUUUCAAGCUAUACAAGAUCCGCGAGGUGAUGGUUAAGCGAUGGUCGAGCAACCGCAACAGAUGA